GAUAUGUUCAGAAGUUUACUGCUCGCAUGGACAUAGAAGUAAUGGAGGACCUGGAUCCAUCGUGACCCAGAACAAUAGAAUUUUUGUUUAUUAUUUUAUUUUUCACAACUCGGUAUUGUGCAAUCAUCUUGAUGAAAUCAGUUUCACAUCUACCAACCAAGAACACGCCGGGGUGAAAUGUCAAAGAUAAGCUUCCUUGAUUUCCAGUAUAACAUCUCUAAGAGAAAGUUAUUGCAGAAGCCAAGUCGCUUGUUCUCUCGUGACAGGCAGAACUCCGGGUUGGUGCCUACCUUCAUGCCUAAACCGGAUGAGAUGAAACUAGUUUUUGACAAAUUUGACACCAACAAAGAUGGAAAGAUAUCUCAGCAGGAGUACAGGGCCGUUCUGAAAGCACUAGGCAAGCAAAACACAGUUGGAGAAGUUACAAAGAUUUUUCAGGUUGUUGAUCUUGAUGGAGAUGGCUUUAUAAGUUUCAAGGAGUUCGUGGAAGCACACAAGAAAGGAGGCGGGGUUCGGACAACUGACAUACAUAGUGCUUUUCGGGCGUUCGAUGCUAAUGGUGAUGGAAAGAUAUGUCCAGAGGAGGUUUUAAGUGUACUGAGGAGGUUGGGAGAGCCUUGCAGCCUUGAGGAUUGCCGUAGAAUGGUGAGAGCAGUUGAUGCGGAUGGUGACGGUAUGGUUGACAUGGAUGAGUUCAUGACUAUGAUGACUAAAACUAUGAACACGGUUGUACUUUAGACACUUCAUGUUAGAAAGAAGAUACGGAAACUGUGUGGUUUCCAUUUGUAAGGUUUCUAUGUCAGUUGUGCGAUAUGAUAUUAAUAUUACCUUUUAUAAUUUGCUUUGUUCUUAAAGUUUGUGUGUCAUGAGAUCGAGACCACCAUUUUUAUUCUUAAUAAAACUCCUAUUCUUACA